AUUUGUGUGGUGGCAUCCUGUAAGGACGUGUCUGUAUUGUGCCUCUUUCACUGGUUUCGUCUGUUGUUCAAUUUUUUGAGGCGCCCGAGAUGGUCGACCGCACCAGCCAAGGGGGGAUGGUGUACCGCUACGCCAAGACGAACGAGCACGGACUCAAUAUUUACCGCGUGGAAGCGACCGUGAAGAUCAAGGACGAGAACAACAAGAUCCAGAUACUCACCAUCGGCAAGAGCAACGACAAACCGACCAAGACGAUACUCCUGAUCGGCCAAACGGGAGCCGGGAAAUCGACGCUGUUGAGCGCCAUGAUCAACCACAUUCGACAAGUUAAAGCCGAUGACGAUUUCCGCUUCUACAUCCAGGAUGAAAUCGGCGACGCUGAGAAGUCGUCGACGGUGAGCCAGACGGAGUACGUGACGGGGUACUUGAUCUACCACCAGCCCGGAAUGCCACACGAGUGUAAUUUCCUUAUCAUCGAUACGCCCGGACUGGCGGACACGAGGGGGAAGGAAGAGCAGACCAGAAUCAGGCAGCAGAUGGAGAUGUUCCUUCGCGAGGUGAAGUUUGAGGUCGAUGAGCUUCACUGUCUGGGCUUCGUGAUCAAUGGAACCAUCAACAGGUCUCAUGAUUACCUGCGGGGAAUCAUCCACGAUUUCGAAGAUUUAUUUGGAAAAGACACCACUGAUAUAACGAAGGUUCUCGCGACACAUAUUGACGAAGCGCCACCAGUCAGUAAAGUCUUAAAGGAAAUGAACAUCAAGGCUGACAAAAUGUAUUCUUUCGACAACGGCGUCCUCUACAGCAACUGCCUCGGAGGGACGAGGAGGGCGCUCCUUAAUAAACUCAAGUGGGAGAACCUCGUUGGCGAAUACGAAGUAUUUUUUGAAGACCUGAUUAUUGCCAAGCCAGUAAGUCUGAAGCUGACCAGAGAAGUCAUAGCCGAGAAGAUGAAUCUGGAAAGGUCACUGAUGAUGCUCAAAAAACACAUAGACAACAGGGUUCACACUCUCCUGGAAAAUAAGAGCAAGAAGAAGCUCUACGAGAAGUACAACGACUGCAUGAGGAGGAACGAGGCCUUUGAGGGGGAAGAGACGAUAACUGUCAAAAGGAGAAGCGAAAUCGUCGGGAGGUUCACCCACGCCCAUAACUGCCCCACGUGCGAGCAGACGUGCGUCUACCCCUGCACCGCGUUGAAAAGCGCUUUCUGCAUGUGUCCGAAAGCAAACCUCACCUGCGAAUUUUGCCCUUGUCGAAACGGAGAUCACAGAAGCGAGUGUGAAACUAUAAACGAGACGCUCGAGACCAUCAGAAUCACUCACGCUACAAUGAAGGACAGGUACGAGCGGGCCAGGAUGGACAAGCAGAGCGUCGAGGAAGUGGUCAACAAGCUAGAAAAGGACAUUGCCAACCAGUCGAUCCAAAUUGCCACGUACAUCAAGAAAACGGUCCAGCACAUCGAGAGGAUUAACGAGAUAACGAGGAAUCCAAACAUGAAGAGCCCGCAGGAGUACAUACAUUGCAUCAUCAAAGAGAUCAAAGGUACGGCAGUUGCAGAUAUCAAGGAUCCGUCAGACAGAAUGUUCGUAAUCAACACAUUAGAUGCACUGCCGCAGCAAAUCAGUAAACUGGACUUACACGAGGACGACCCUCAGAGUACGAGCCUGCGAAGUCGUUUCAAGGGAAUCGCCAUUCGAGCCAAGAGCUGCAUGGAAGAUGGCCUCAACGCCCUGACAGUGGCAUGAAGCGCAUAUCAACUAUUGUAUGCAUGUGCACACACACACACACACACACACACACACACACACAUGGUUUAUGCUCUUCAAACUCGCCUCUAAGAGAUGUUUCAGAAUCCAAACGGAGUCCCCAGUGAAAGAAUAUUUCUGUUAUUUUUAUCAAUGCUCACUCAAAUUACCCCUUUUUCUAACCCCCCCCCCCCCCCCCUCCAUUUCUAAACCAUUGUUGGCAUCUUUUUUUUCCGUUCGUCUAAGUAAUGUUUGAUGUCUUUUAUUGUUUAAGUUCUUAAAGUUUUCCCCCGUAGCAGUCUAUUGAGCGAUUUUAAUCAAUUUUACCAUCAUUUUAAUUGAUAAUUUUCAGAGUGAGAUAUGUAUAUAUUCUUCGAAUUCUUACUUUAGCUAUUUGUUUAAUCUAUCGAUAAUUUUACCCUGUAAAUGAUUUUCUUCAUGUAUUAAAUCACUGACAUCGUUCCUUUACCUUUUUGGCGAUGUCAGUGGCGUUAUUUUGGCGAUGUCAGUGGCGUCAUUAGUAUUAUAUAAGAAUGUAUAUAUAUAUAUAUAUAUAUAUAUAUAUAUAUACGUACACAC